AUGGCGUCCGUCGCCGCGGAGAAGGUAGAGCUCAAGGAGGAAGGGAUCAUUGAGGCCGCAACGAAGCUGGCCGAGGAUCCCCAAUCCAAGGUGAACCCAGAAACGAUCGAGGAAGCCCUCGUCAGAGAGACUCGACAGGCGGGUGGCGUUGCAUAUCAAUUCGAUCCUGAUGCGUCGCCUGAAGAUAAGGCGGCAGCUGCGGAAUCGCGAGUGCCGCCGGGGUUUCAUCGCGAUAAGAAGCCAGAGGGGAUGGCUGUGAUGACGGACAAGGAUGACAGCAAAGCAGACUACGAUCUUCCUCCUCCUCGCUCAGCUACUGCGAUCCUGGCCGAGGAGGCUAAUGCAGUCGACGCACAGGGCGGCAAGAACCUGGAUGAGGAUAUGCGCUGGGCCCGCGACCGCACCGGAUGGGCACCCAAGUUUCACGUCGAGAAGACCGAGGAGGAAAAGGCCGAGGGCACAUUGCUCGACCACCAGGACUUUUUGGAGGGCCGGAUACCCGAUAAAUUCUUCGGCGAUUGGUACCAUAAUGUCGCGAUCAUUGUGUUUGCCUGUUUGAGUUCGUGGCUCAUUGCAGCCCUGGGUGGUGGUGUGGGUUGGGUGCUGCUGGUCAUGGCAGCGUGUAGCACAUACUACCGCACGUCUAUUCGCCGCGUGCGCCGUAACUUCCGUGACGAUAUCAACCGGGAAAUGUCCAAGCAGCGCUUGGAGACUGACACCGAGAGUCUGGAGUGGAUCAACAGCUUCCUGGUCAAGUUCUGGCCCAUCUAUGCCCCCGUUAUGUGCGAUACUAUUAUCAACUCUGUCGAUCAGGUUCUGAGCACCUCGACUCCUGCCUUCCUCGACAAUCUGCGCCUCAAGACCUUUAUUCUCGGUACGAAGCCGCCCCGUCUUGAACAUGUCAAGACCUACCCUAAGACCGAGCCGGAUACCGUUAUCAUGGACUGGAAGUUCAGUUUCACCCCUAAUGAUACCAUGGAUUUGACUGCGCGCCAGCUGAAGGAUAAAAUCAACCCCAAGAUUGUUCUGGAAGUUCGCGUUGGUAAGGGUGUGGUUAGCAAAGGUCUGGACGUCAUUGUCGAGGACAUGGCCUGUUCCGGCCUGAUGCGCGUCAAGGUUAAGCUCCAGCUGCCUUUCCCACACAUCGAGCGCGUGGACGUCUGCUUCUUGAGCAAGCCGGAAAUUGACUACGUCUGCAAGCCUCUUGGUGGUGACCACCUUGGCUUCGAUAUCAACUUCAUCCCCGGUCUGGAGAACUUCAUCAAGGAGCAGAUCCACAAUAACCUGCAACCCAUGAUGUACGACCCGAAUGUCUUCCCCAUUGAGAUUGCCAAGAUGCUUGCUGGCAACCCGGUCGACCAGGCGAUCGGUGUGGUUGCCGUGACUCUGCACGGCGCUCAGCAGCUCAAGAACCCGGACAAGUUCUCCGGCACUCCCGACCCGUAUGCUGUGGUGUCGCUGAACAACCGCACCGAGCUGGGCCGUACCAAGACCGUGCACGACACCGACAGCCCACGCUGGAACGAGACUAUCUAUGUUAUUAUCACUUCUUUCGCCGACGCCCUGACUAUCGUCCCCUACGACUGGAACGAGUACCGCAAGGACAAGGAACUGGGAACCGCUACUUUUGCUCUCAGCAAGCUCGAGGAGGAGCCCUCGCACCAGGGUAUCUAUCUGGAAGUCAUGGCUAGCGGCCGUCACCGUGGUGCAAUUCAAGCCGACAUUCGCUUCUUCCCCGUCCUCGAAGGCAGUAAAUCGGAAUCGGGCGAGAUCGAACCCCCACCAGAGAUGAACACUGGUAUCGCGCAGUUCACCGUCGAGCAGGCCAAGGAUCUGGACGGUAGUAAGAGCUUCGUCGGCAAGCUGAACCCGUACGCCGUGCUGCUGCUCAACGGCAAGGAAAUCCACAUCACCAGCAAGCUGAAGCGCACCAACAACCCUAUUUUCCAGAAUGCCUCGAAGGAAUUCAUCGUCACGGAUCGUAAGAAUGCCCGCCUGGGGCUGAUCAUCAAGGACGAUCGCGAUGUCAUGGCCGAUCCCAUCAUCGGUCGCUACCAGAUCAAGAUGAACGACAUGAUGAAGAUGAUGGAGCAGGGCAAGGACUGGUUCCACCUGCACGGCGUCAAGGAAGGCCGCGCCAAGCUCAAGCUGCAGUGGAAGCCUGUUGCCCUGAGCGGCGUUGCCGGUAGUGCUGGCUAUGUCGAUCCUAUCGGUGUCAUGCGCUUCCACUUCAAGGGUGCGACGGAUCUGCGGAACCUUGAGGCGAUGGGCAAGUCUGACCCCUAUGCUCGUGUGAUGUUGUCCGGCUUGACCCGCGGGCGUACCGUCACCUUCCGGAACAACCUCAACCCUGUCUGGGACGAGGUUGUCUACGUUCCUAUUCGCAGUUCCCGCGAAAAACUGGUCGUCGAGGUCAUGGACGAAGAGAAGCUCAACAAGGACCGCUCCCUCGGCUGGGUCGAGCUCAAGGCCGCUGAUUUCGUUCGCGAGAAGGAGACUGGCGAGUAUGAGAUUGAUGAUGACAAGCAGCUUACUACCUCCCCUCUGCGCUACGGACAGGGCAACUUCAAGGGCCACAUCAACUACACUGUCGCUUUCUACCCGACUAUCCCGGUGUCCAACCCCGAGGACGAGGCCGAGCAGGAGGAGCAAGAGGAGGGUGAACUUGCCGGUGCUGAUGCCCCUCGUAAGAGCACGGACUCGAAGGUUCGGCCUGGCCAUGCCAAGACUGCCAGCGUUGACUCGAAGGCUUCCAAGGCUUCCAAGGCGGUGUCAAAUGGCGCUGCGACGAAUGGGGUUACGAAUGGCGAGCCGACUACUAAUGGUCGCGCUAGCUUGGAGACUAAUCUCUCUCGUCCGUUGACCCGGGACUCGGAUGUGUCUUCUGUGAGGUCGGUCAAGUCGAUUCCUAAGAUGGAGCUGAGCAAGGAGGACCUGCCGAAAUAUGAGUCUGGUUUCGUCGUGUUCAAGUUCCAUCAUGGCGAGUUAGCUCAGAGCGAUGUGCAGCUGGAGGUCGUCAUCGACGACUACAUGUUCCCGGCCUACACCUCGUCCAAGAUUCACUCCAAGACUCUCAACUCUUCUGAUAUCGGCGAGGCUUUCGUGCGCGAGCUGGAGUUCUCCAAGAUGACCGUCCGCCUGGUUCACAAGAAUGACCCCAACGAUUCGAGCGAGGAGAACACCGUAGCCAAACUUACUGGAAACACCCUCACAACUCUGCAGCACAUCUUGUACGAGCCUAAAGAGUUGGUCCUUCGGUCCAACACUGGCGAGGUCAGCAAGAUUACUGUUAGCGCUCGCUACAUCCCCGUCCAGAUGCACCUGGAUCCUAGGGAGAGCAUUAACAACAUGGGUAAGCUGCAAGUCAAGGUCAUCAAGGGUGUCAACCUCCCCAUUGCCGACAGCAACGGCAAGAGUGACCCGUACUGCCGCUUCUUCAUUGGCGAUGACGACAAGCAUCAGAUCUUUAAGACCGAGGUUAUCAAGAAGAACUUGAAUCCUGUCUGGAACGAAGCCUUCGAAGUCGAGGUCAAGACUCGUAUUGACUCCAAGUUCCGUGUCGAAGUGUGGGACUAUGACCGUGGUGUUGGUGACGAUAGUCUCGGCGAAGCCUUGAUCGAUCUCGAGCAACUUGAGCCCUUCCAGCAAAAGGACGUCGUCCUUACUCUCAUCAACCCAUCCAAGGACGCCAAGCCGCCUACCAACGGCCAGCCCAGCACCAUUCACCUAAACCUCCUCUUCAAGCCCGACUACGUGAUGCGCCUCAGCCAAGGCUCAGCCACCUUCGUCGGCGGCAUCGGCGGCAAAGUCGGCGGCACAGCCAAGACAAUCGGCGGCGUCCCUCUCAAGGUCGGUGGUGCCGUCGUCGGCGGCGCCGCUCACGGAGCCACCUCCAUCGGCGGAAAGAUCUUCGGCCGCUUCCACAAAGACAAACACGUCGACGAUGACGCCGCCUCCGUCGCCAACAGCACAAUUGAAGACCCCGCCACAGACCACCGCAACGGCUCCCUCGUCUCCGCCGCCCCCUCGUCGACGCAACUCGAACACACCCGCAACCGCAGCACGGCAUCUAUCUACGGCGACCGCCUCUCCGUCUUCGGCGGCGGCGGCGGUGGUGGUGGUAGCCGCGGCGAUACAGGCACCGCGCAUAUCACCAUCGUCUCGGCGUCCGGUUUCCAGUCCUCCGCGAACUUGCGCGUCAUCGUCCGCGUACAGGGUAGCAAGGGCGCAAAGGAAGUCCACAAGACGAAAGCGCACAAGGCAGGCGAUGACGCCGUCGCAUAUGAUGAAUCCUUCAAGGUUCCCAAGGUCACCGCCGCCGCGCAGUACCAGAUCCGUGUCGUCGAUCAUUCAACCUUUGGCUCGGACGAAGUCCUCGGUGAGGGAUUCUUCCUCGUUGCUGAUCAGGGUUCUGAGGCGGGUGUUGAUAAGCCUGUUGCUGUUGGUUCCGGGUCUGUUGUUAUUCGGUCUAGUUUUGAUGCGCCUGAGGCUGGCGGUGCUGGUGCUGGUGCUGGCGCUGGCGCUGGUGCUGGGUCGUUGAGGCCGAGUACGUCGCAUUCUACGGCUGGUGGUGCGGAUGAGGGGGAGUCGCCUGCUGGGAAGAUGCCGAGGAGGAGCUUUUUGAGUAAGAGGAGUGUUAGCGGGGCGUGA